CAUUAGUUUGUUUACAUAUGUUUUUGUUAUGUUGUAUAUUUAAUUCUAAAAACUAUUGCCAAAAUGGAUAAAUGUAUAGUUUGCUGUAAAUCAAAUGAAGAUUUAUCUUCACGAAUAACUAUGCAAUCAAGUGAAUGGAAAGAGUGGAAUAUACAGCGUAUUAUAGAGAAACAUUUGUGGUGGUGGUAUUUAAGACCAGCCUCUAGUAAUGAAGCAGAACAAUGGAUAUGUCUUCAAUGUUGGCAGAACUUAUCAACAUUUCACAACUUUUAUAAAAAAGUUGAAAAAGAACACAAAUUAUAUUAUACAUUUUUAUUACACAUAAAAAGUGAUACUGACCAAGAGGUUAUUCAAGAUAUUAAAGUAGAGGAUCAACAUUUUGAAAAUGGAUCUUCAACACUUGAGGAAAAUCCAGUACAUAUAGUGAAACCCAAAAGGGGAAGAAAGAAGAAAACUGUUUAUAUAACAGAGAGCAUACAAUUGGAAGAACUAAAUAUUGUAGAGGUCAAAAGCGAAAAUAUAAUCCAUGAUACUGCUGAGGAGCUAGCAUCAGAAGAGAUUUGUUUCUCAAAUGACAACGCAGAUAAUACGCCAGAGGAGAAUGACUUAAAAGAUUUUAAAGGUGAUGAUAAAUAUGUACCAAGUGAAAAACCUAAGCGUAAACGUCAAACUAAAUCUAAGAUUAUUAAAAAAUGUAGAAAAGAAAAAAUAAAAUCUAUCAAGAAAGAGAAGAAAGAGAAAGUUGUGAAAAAUGAAAACAAUUCAAGGAAUAAAAAUGAUGAAUUUCUAGCAAACAGUGACUUUGUACUAUCCUGUAGUAUUUGCAAUGACAUUCUGGAUUCCUUUUAUAAUCUUAAGAUUCACUUUCGUGAGAAACACAAUACAGUGGCUUAUGCUAUGUGCUGUAAUAAGAAGUUUUACCGACGAGAUGUUUUGGUUGAUCAUCUAAAUGUUCAUAAGGAUCCCAAUUACUUUAAAUGUCCGAAAUGUGACAAAACUGUAACAACUCGUUACAGUUUAACAAAACAUAUGGAAAAUCAUCAAUUACAUGAAACUCAACAGAAUUUAUUUAAUUGCGACAAAUGUGACAAAUCCUUCUUAAAGAAGAUAGUUUUUGAACGACAUGUCUUAUUGCAUAUUCCAGAAGAAGAGCGAAAAUUCCAAUGUAGCAUGUGUGUUAAGAAAUUUGCUACAGAAUAUUUACGUAAACAACAUAUUAACCAUACACACUCCAAAAAAUACACCAAAAUAUGUGAUGUAUGUGGUGUAACAGUGUGGGAUAAAUAUUCGUUUAAUCGUCACAUGGCCCAGCAUAAUGGUGUUAAACCAGUUAAAUUUAAAUGUGAUAUCUGUGCUGCUGAAUUAACAAAUAUAUAUUUCCUAAAUCGACACAAGAAAUUAAUGCAUACUGUACAACAAGAGCAAAUAUGUCCCCAUUGUUCGAAAAUAUCACCCAACUAUGUUGCCCAUAAAACUCAUAUUAAAUACGCCCACACCUUGGAACGCAAACAUGCAUGUCAUAUGUGUGAUAAGAAAUUCCGUAGACCUAAAGAAUUAAAAGAACAUUUAAGCACUCACACUGGCGAGCCAUUAUAUACAUGUCCUUAUUGUCCUCGCACAUUUAUAUCGAAUGCUAACAUGUAUAAACAUCUUCGAUUGAAGCAUGAAAAGGAAUGGGAAAAGAGACGCAUUAAGAGGGAUGCAAAAUCAUUAGCUUGCAAAGAGUUUCUUAAAACAAUUGUAUUACAAGAAAGUGAAUCUUGUGGCUAUGAAGAAAUAGUUCAGCUUGAGAGUAGUGAUGUAGUAAAAAAUUUAACCGAAUUAAACAUGGAGUUUGAGAGCAGUGAUGUAAAAAAUUUAACAGAAUUAAAUAUUUGAAAAUAAAUUUUAUGUUUUUAGAAUUUAACUGUUUAUAGUGUCCAUAA